AGUACGAUUUUAAACGAUAUUAUUUUUGUGUACCUUCGGACAAUAGAUGCUGGACUUUGGGCAGAAUUUAAAAAGGAAGCGUUGUUUUCUAAGUUUAGGGUGCGUUGAACACCGCAGAGGUGCACACGGGGCCACAGAAGCAGAGGGACUGCUUCGUGUCACGGAAGUACACCUUUGUCCGUGGGUCGUACUGUGGCCAUAUAAAAAGAGCCGCUUGUCAGGCGAACGCAGCGGUUCAAACAGUGACUUGUGAGCUCAGAGUGCGUCUCCUUCUCGGCCGGUGGAUUAUGAAGAGGCGUCUGUGCGGACUCCCGAUUAACAUCUUCUUUUUGGGACUUUGAAUGCUUUCAGAGCACGCCUUUGGAAAUUUACUCUGAACUUUGUGAGAAGAUGGAUACCGAGGAAUCAAUGAGUGUCCUGACCUGGGAACAAGUGAGCCGACUUGAUGAAGUCUUGUCGGAGGCCGUGCCGGUUCACGGACGUGGCAACUUCCCGACCCUAGAGGUGCGGCUGAAGGACAUCGUGGCACGGGUGCGCUCCCGACUCGAGUCGAGCGGCAUCCAGGUAAAGGACGUGCGGCUCAACGGCUCCACAGCCAGCCACGUGCUGGUGCAGGACAUGGGCUGGAGCUACAAGGAUCUGGACGUCAUCUUCAGGGUGGACCUGCCACAUGAGGCGGAGUUCAGGCUCAUCAAGGACGUGGUGCUGGGUACCCUGCUGGACUUUCUGCCUGAGGGUGUGAACAAGGAGAAAAUUACAGCCAUGACUCUCAAAGAGGCUUACGUCCAGAAGCUGGUCAAGGUCAACACGGAGCAGGACCGCUGGAGCCUCAUCUCCCUCUCCAACAAUAAUGGCCGCAAUGUGGAGCUGAAGUUCGUGGACUCAAUACGCCGGCAGUUUGAGUUCAGCGUGGACUCGUUUCAGAUUUUCCUGGACUCGGUGCUCGCCUUCUAUGAGGUGGCACAGUCGCCCAUGACAGAGACCUCUCACCCUGUCGUGCAUGGCGAGAGCAUGUACGGGGACUUCAGCAUGGCACUGAGCCACCUGCGGAAUAAGCUCAUCGCCACCAAGCGGCCCGAGGAGAUCCGAGGCGGAGGCCUGCUGAAAUACUGCAACCUGCUGGUCCGGGACUUCCAGCCCUCCAGCGAGGAGGAGUUCAAGGGGCUGGAGCGCUACAUGUGUUCGCGUUUCUUUAUUGACUUCCCCGACAUCGGCGAGCAGCAGCGUAAGGUGGAGGCCUACCUCCAGAGCCACUUCAUCGGCGAGGAGAAGAGCAAGUACGACUACCUCAUGAUCCUGCGGCGAGUGGUGAACGAGAGCACCGUGUGCCUCAUGGGCCACGAGCGCCGGCAGACGCUCCACCUCAUCUCGCUGAUGGCCUUCCGAGUGCUGGCGGAGCAAAACGCUAUCCCAGACGCGUCCUGCGUCACCUGCUACUACCAGCCGGCGCCCUAUGUCCGCGACCACAACUUCAGCAACUACUAUGUGGCCAACCAGAACAUUCCAACAUGGCUGCCAUGUAACUGAAAACACACACAGGUGGAAGGAUGUACAAGAGGGCACCACUGAUGCUGCUUAUGAGAAGAGAGAAGGAAUAUUUAAAAAAUGCCAAAAAAAAGAGUAUAGAGGCAAUAAAUGCAAUGUUCCUCUCAAGGCACAAUUAUAUUUAAGUGGAAAAGUGUUUUGCUUUGUUUUUUGGAAUCCUUUCUCAUUCCUUAUCUACAGAGGUGUCAAGGUCAUUGAUUAGAAAGUGACAUUUUUAAGUGUUUAGAUUUUUCUUUUUUGUUGUUUUCUGUAUCAACCUUAUUCUUAAUGGAGUUGUGUUGUGCCUUGUCCUCCAGGUUUACCCCCCAAUAAUUAAGUACAGGCUAUUUUGUUGAAGAAAAGAAAUAAGGAAAUGUUAUAGCCUCAAAUUUAUUUUUUUUUCUCCUGUGAUUGGAAAGAAAGAAAAACGUUAAAAGGCAGAAAAAAAGCAUAAAAUAUGAAAAAUUCGUAUUAUUGGGUAAAGGGGUAAAAUAGGUGACGACCCAAAAAAAGAGCACCGGUGUUAGAAUGUUUACAUCACUAUUGAGGAAAGAAAGGUGGUACACUGAGAACAUUGGGUCAUAUGACGAGGAGUCAAUUUGUUUUUUAAUUAUUUUCAAAUCUAAAUGUCUCUUUGAGACAUUCAUGCUCUUCAUUAUUUGCUGGCAGUGCCUCCAAUUUGUGUGGUUUUAUUUUUUAUUUAUCACUGAAUCAGGGCGAUUUCCCCUUUGUCCACUUUCCACAGCCCUGUGUUUGAGUGGAACCGUGCAGUCUGUUAGUGGCUGGGCUCCUCUGUGUCUGAGGACUUAUUCCCUGUUUAAAUGGCAUCUAAAGCUUCGCCAGCCUCCAUCACAACACUGAAUAUUGUGGGAGGCUGAUUGACGGGCCUGGACCGGAGCUGGGAGCGAGGGCUGGCUGGGAAUCCUGGAGCUACAGGCUGACUGGAUGUCCCUUCCCUUAAAAGGAGCACUUGGUAAGCCUGCAGGGUCGUCCCUCACAACCAUUGUAGGCUUGACAGCAGCAGCCCUGUAAUGAGAUCCUCCCCUGACGCAGCUCCCGAGCUGCAGGACAUCUAUAAUUAUCUUUUCUUUUUUUUUUUCCUGGAGGAGGUACUGUCAGCGAGGAACUGGGGAUGGCUGCAGCAGCCGGCCUGCCACCUUACAUGUGUUGCAGAUUCACUUCCUGCCCUCUCCUUUGGGACCGUGCAGUGUCUGGACCCCUUUUGUGGGCAUGAGUACAGACGGCAGCGCGCGUGACUGGCAUGUUCUGAGAAAUGCCAGCGUGUCUGCUGCAGGGACACCACUCCCCAUCAGGGACGCUCCGCCUGACGUGAGCAGCAGUGGCAGAUUCAAACCCAGUGAAUUUCUAUUUCUAUCGUGCAUAUUAUUAGCUGUUAAUUUGAAGCAUUUGCAGUGUGGUAUUACUAGCAGAUGGGACUCGUCUUCUGUCCCUUUCACCGUCGCCACAUUUCAGAGGAAAGUUGCUCUUAAACGUAUUACGUAAGUGGCAGCUGCUGUGUAUUAACCUUGCCUCACCCUCCGUUCCUUAGAAACCCUCCCUGCGUUUCCUCUGCUGCCUGUCUCACUGCAGCCCGUGUUUCGAACCGAUAACCAGGAGCUCCUCUUAUCUGGCCGGCUGGCGAGCAGUCAGGAAGGUCAGCCUGGCCUCUAUCUGCGGGUCGCACCCCGGGUCAGGGCGUGUAGUGCUGAGCUUUGGUACUGGAACCGCCUCGGCCUUUAACAACAGACAACAGAAGUGCCACAGUUUGUCUCCGGACCAAAGUCUGCUUUACAACCAGCAACUCAAGUGCCUUAUGGAGAGCAGCAGCUUUUUUAAAGGUUUAUUUUUAAUGGCGAUCAGGAAGGAAAGGGUUACCAAAAACUUGUGUUUCUGUCCCUUCAAACCCUGUGAAACGUACUUGAUACAAGACUAGCAUCAUUGUAAAAUGCAUUUUCUCAGAAUGAACUUUCAUUUUUUCCUCAGUUUUUCUGUUAACUGAAGUCCCAAUCCAUUUUUCUGUGGAGCCAUUCCUGCCAUUUUUACUCUGCUUUGCCUUUAUCACCAGUUUGAUCCUUCUCGUCGCUGGCAGCCAUCCUGACUUCAGUCCUGCCUCCAUGCCUUCUUGAAUUUAAACUGUUGAUCAACUCUGAUGUUCUCUAAAUUUGAAGGACUGCCUGGCGCUGCGGCCGCUCCUGCUCUAAGCAGCAGCAGCAGCAGUCCUGCCCAACCGAAACCAAAGCAACACCUGAAGUGCACUGACGAGCCAUACUGUAGCUGGACAGAAGCGCUUUGAAUAACUCCAAACCCAGCCGCCUGAGAGGAGUGUGAACAAGCAAACGUUGUCCAUUUGAGGGAGUUGAGCUGCUUCUCAGGGACAGUGUGUUUUUGUGUUGUUUUGUCCCUUUUAUUUUUAAGGGGGGAUCAUUGCAGUCUGUUCAGACAUCGAGACGUCUCCUCCCGUUACCUUCAUUUGGUCUCUUCCUCCCUCUGUACUGGUUGUAACCUGGACUCUCCUUCUUACUCAGCCCACAGCUUCUCAUUAGCAUAAAUCAUGUCUGAAGGUGGUCACAGCAGACUUCAGCUCAGGCCUGAUGGCAGCACCGGUCCUUGAAACCUUAGCUCCACUCUGAGCAGUCCUCCCACCGUUCACUGCCAACAGCUGGGUUCAACUCUCUAGCUCCAACUGUCCCAUGAGCUCUGUUGACCAACGUCAAUGUAAUGACCUGCUCUAUUAGUUCAUCAGAGCUUUUUGUGCUGAGCGUGGUGAGGACUCGUCUCAGGUCUCUUGUUGGCGUUGCCUGUAAAGCUUUGCUGCAGGCCAUGUCAAAGAAGGCAGCAGAUCUGCCUCUGGAAUGGAACCUUUGGCUUAGUUUACUUUGUGUCCACCCUCCAAUUGAAUGGGUUUACGGUUAUCAUGGCAUUUCUCCCCUGACGACUGAAAACUCACGCCUGUCGAUAAAAGCUUUACCUUCGGGGCUUGUGCUGAAUCUCCUUUCGUCAGGUCAGAUGUUUGUGGAGGAUGAUGUGAGAUAAGAGAAAUGAAGUGUAUUUUGCUUUUUUGUUUUUUCUAUCCCCCACUUUUAUUUUUCUGCUGUAAACUUAUCACUGUUCAUCCUGUUGCUUCUCUCGCUCGCCUCACCUUUGAGCCUUUGUAUUAGUACAGUGUGUUUAUGGCACCUGUAUAUGUAUGUUGUUUUGCUGAGGAGGGUGCAGAGAACGGAGGAUCAGAUAUGUAGUGGUUAAGCUUGCGUAAAGUGCAAGUCUUAAACCAUAUGAAGUGUCAUUGAGGCUUUAAGCUCUCCUGCACUUUCAUAGAGUUGUAAUUUUUUUUUUUUUUUUUUUUUUUUGCAGCAGAUUUGUUUACGUUUGUGUGGUGGUGUGUGUGUGCUUGUUUGCAUGUGUGUAUGAACGGAUGUGUGGGGUUAAAUUUAAAAAGUGGGGGAAAUAUGAACUUGGUCGCACUAUAUAUUUUUUUGAAAUAGUUGAUGCAAAAGAGCUUUUUUGUCAGCUUUGUGAUUGUGACAAUGACUUUGAUGGUAAAAACCAUUGUACUAUUUCAUUUUUCAGCACUUUUACCUCACUUUAGUUUUUCCUUUGAAUGGAAAUGUGUAUGUACAUCAGGAAAAUGUGUUUGAAGAGGAAAUAAAGAGUAUUAAAUGCAA